AUGGCUAAAGAUGACACCUCUGGAUCAUCUCAAAAACCAGUUAACACCCUACAUCCUGCCUAUUCAGUCACCAAUGUACAGACCAAGAUCCGAACCUUAGACGGCACAAAAGUGACCUACUCCUCCUGGAUCAAAUUAUUCAAACUUCAUGCCACAGCCUAUAAAGUCUCCAGCCACAUCGACGGAACUAAGGCUCCUGAAUCAACAGCCAACGAUUAUGCAGAAUGGAAGGAAAUUGAUGCACUCGUGCUACAAUGGAUUUGGAUUUAUAGCACUAUCUCAGAUGACAUACUGGUUCGUGUUUUGGCCACUAAUUCAACAGCAAGGGAUGCCUGGGUUAAGUUGGAGAAAAUCUAUUUAAGUAACAAGAAGUCUCGGGCAGCCGCUUUAGAAACCAAGUUUUGUAAUUUAACUCUUGCAGCCUGUUCAUCUUUGGAUGAUUAUUGUGAAAAACUCAAGCACCUUGCAAAUCAACUUGAGGACGUUGACCAUCCUGUUAUAGAUUCACAUCUCGUGCUACAACUCAUUCGCGGGUUACCUCCAGAAUACGAUAGCACAACAUCUAUAAUUAAUCAGACUGCUGAUGUAACCUGGGAUUUAGCGACAAGUAUGUUAAAGGAGGAACUGAUUCGUCAAGAGGCUCGUCAAAAUCAUUCUUCCACGGUUCUUAUCACCUCUGCCACACCUCAGCCACAUUCCCAGACACCAGCACCCAACACAUCACCAACCAACAAUCAGACCCCAAAUUAUUAUUCACAGCGUGGUCGGGGACGUGGUCAGGGUAGAACCAACCGUGGAGGAAGAGGACGUGGGGGUUGUCGUGAUUCGUCUCAACAAUCCACAGCUUAUCAAAACCAAUGA